AUGCUGUCAAUAAAAUUAUUUGUGUCCUGCGUGCUUUUGGUUGUCAGCUACUGCCGCGCCGAAUCGCCGGAAUUUGAUUGUCAACGACCACCACGCUUAGUGGAUCCAACGCUUUGUUGUAAGGAUGGUGGCUAUGAUCAGACCACAGAAGUUUGCGGCAAACGCAUGGGUAUAAUCGGUGAAGGCAAUCAUGGGCCACCUACUGUGGAAAAAGCUACGUGCUUCGCCGAGUGCAUUCUCAGAGAACUGCAUUACAUUCAAGAGCCAGAGAAGCUCAACUACGAAACUAUGCAAACUGAUAUGCAGGCCAAAUACGGCAAUGACACCGUCUUUGUGGACACAAUGAUGGGAGCGUUUCGCAAGUGUGAGCCUGAUGUACAACAGAAGUUGCAAGCAUUCAAGCAAAUGACGCUUCUUGGUGCUGCUGCCGCACUACGACGUGGCUGUAGUCCAUUCUCCGGUAUGCUACUUGGUUGUACGUAUAUGGAAUAUUUCAAAAAUUGUCCGGCACAUCGCUGGACUGAGACCGAGGAAUGCGCGCUCGCGAAACGAUUUGUUACACAGUGUGCUUUGGGUGUAAAACAAACUUAAAUAUUAA